AUGUUGAAAGGUGCAUUUUCUGCCCACGCAGAUGCCUCACCAGACAUUGGUCCUGUCCAUGACGACCAGAUGCCCUCCUCUGAGGAAGAAGAAGAGCUCAGCCCGGAGUCUUCUGAGCCUGAGACUGGCAAUGGCGCGCGCGCACGAGCAGACUAUGGUGCGACUGCAACGGCGCAGAAUACAGCUGGCACAGGCGUAGAAGACGAUGGUGCAGCGGGGAUGCUUCCCCGCGACAAGCAGCGACGGACCGCUUUCUACGACUACACGGCCGAGAAACAGAUGAGCCAUACCGAAGCCAAGCAGUUUUACCAGCGACACCAGCUAGAGACGCAAUAUGGUGGAUCACAGGCGGGAGACACGCACAGUCCCGCCAUGCGAGCAAAGACCUUUCCCGCCAACUUCAGCGCUACAGAUGGCAUCGAUUUGCCUAGCGGGGCUGAUAGCAUUCGUUCACGGAAAAGCAACGUUAGUCUCACAAACCAAGGCCACCGGUCCACGCUUCCGAUCGGUGUGUCACAUACAGAACAGUCACAGGAUCCCCGUUUGCACACGACUCCCAAUGCUGCCAAUAACCAAGGAAACUAUACUGAAGCAGAAAUCUUGCUUCAAGCUGACCAACAAGCUCGAUCGCAUGCACAGCAUCCCAGUCUUCCUCGAGAACAUAAGCCCCUACUUGCUGAAGAGGGCAUUCACGGCGCAGGCGCUGGUAUAGGAGUUGGGUCAGGAGCCGGAGGCUUUGCCAUGUCUGAUUCGAGUGUUACCGCUGAGCUCAGUGCUAUCUACACCAACGUCCAAAAGGUAUUGGAUCUACGCCACAAAUACAUACGCUUGUCUUUACAGCGAAACUUCGAUAACCCCAAGGAUGAUCCUGGCUGGCGUAUCUACCCACCACACCCUGAGCCUGUUUGGAAUGACUCUUCCAAAGAACGCCGCAAUGCUUCCAGCAGUCUUCAGAACAGCGGCAUCUUGGAACCAUCCGAGCCAACUAAGCCACCCCGUAAGAUGGGCACCAACAUCGGAGAAGACUUCAAUAUAGACGACCAAUUGCCAGUCCCAGGGGCUUCAGAGAUGUCAUUCCGUUUGGAUAGCAACGGCGUGUUUCAAGUCUACGAGACUGCAAAGUCGGCAGAGCUUGACACACCCAUCGUAACGAUUCCUACAUUACGAGAAUUCUACAUAGAUCUCGACUCGAUCCUAGAGAUAUCUUCAGAUGGUCCAAGCAAGAGUUUUGCUUUCCGACGCCUUCAAUAUCUCGAAGGAAAGUUCAAUCUCUACUACCUCUUGAACGAAUAUCAAGAGACGGCCGACAGUAAGCAGGUGCCACAUAGAGAUUUCUACAACGUACGCAAAGUCGAUACGCACGUUCACCACUCGGCUUGUAUGAAUCAAAAACAUCUGCUGCGCUUCAUCAAGUCGAAGAUGAAAAGGUCACAAGAUGAAGUAGUGCUGUUCCGUGACGGCAAGCACCUUACCCUAAAAGAGGUCUUCGAAUCUAUCAAUUUGACGGCCUACGAUUUGAGUAUAGAUACUCUGGAUAUGCAUGCUCAUACCGAUUCGUUCCACCGCUUCGACAAGUUCAAUCUCAAAUACAACCCAGUUGGCGAAUCGCGUCUUCGAACGAUCUUCCUCAAGACAGACAACUUCAUCAAAGGCCGUUACUUAGCUGAGAUCACAAAGGAAGUGAUCUCCGAUCUAGAGUCAAGCAAGUAUCAGUUCGUAGAGUGGCGGAUAUCAAUUUACGGCCGCGACCUCUAUGAAUGGGACAAGCUUGCUGCUUGGGUCAUCGACAACAAGCUCUUCUCUCCCAACGUUCGAUGGUUAAUUCAAGUGCCUCGUCUAUUCGACGUAUAUAAGGCGACCGGUCUUAUGGAAAACUUCCAGCAAGUGGUCGUCAACCUGUUUCAGCCUCUUUUCGAAGUCACUAGAGACCCCACAUCCCAUCCCAAGCUUCACAUCUUCUUGCAAAGAGUCAUAGGCUUCGACAGUGUGGACGACGAGAGUAAGGUCGAGCGGCGCGUGUACAAGAAGUUCCCCUUUCCUAAGGAGUGGUGUACGAAGCAGAAUCCACCAUACAGUUAUUGGAUGUACUACUUGUUUGCCAACAUAGCAUCCCUUAAUGUCUGGAGGAAGCAGCGCGGUUUCAACACCUUCUUGCUCCGGCCGCACUGUGGAGAGGCUGGGGAUACCGAUCAUUUGGCUGCUGCUGUUCUUUGCUGUCACAGUAUAAGUCAUGGUCUACUCCUCCGAAAAGUGCCUCUCUUACAGUACAUCUUCUACCUCGAACAGAUCGGUGUUGCCAUGUCACCACUCAGCAAUAACGCACUCUUCCUGGCUUACGAACGUAACCCGUUCUUGAGUUACUUUAGACGUGGACUAAAUGUCUCCUUGUCAACAGACGAUCCUCUCCAGUUCGCUUUCACAAAAGAGCCUCUCAUUGAAGAGUACUCGGUCGCGGCGCAGAUCUAUAAGCUAAGCGCGGUAGACAUGUGCGAGCUUGCUAAACAUUCCGUUGAACAGAGUGGCUUCGAACACAUUGUCAAGCAGAAGUGGUUGGGCUCGCACUACCACCUUCCAGGUGUAGCAGGCAACGACAUGGCAAGGUCCAACGUACCUAGCAUUCGCGAAGCGUUCAGGCAUGAGACACUUAUGGGGGAACUUGCGAUGAUCGAUCGCUAUACACGAGCUGCACAGUCUAGUAAAAAUGACCUCACGACAUCCAACCUUCAACCAGGGGGAGAAGUGCCUCAGAUCUCCAAGUCGUUUCAGAUCACUCAUUCAGGAUCUCCCGUCCAAUCAAUGCAUCUACACCCUUCGAGUAGCAACUUCGUUGACCAAAGCCAACCUUUCUCCACUCUACCCCCAGGCGCGGUCUCGGGACCCCUCUACCCGACUCAACAAGCCCGCCUCAACCCCUCUGCUUCCGCCGCUGAUAUCGCCAGCCUUCAAACUCAGCCAACCUCGCCCACCAGCACCAAAAAUAGUGGGAAUUUUGAGCGUCCUCGCCGCACCUCAAGCAUGACCAUCAAUCCCAGUAUCCUCUCAGCACCACAACCGCAGCAACAGCCGCAGCAAACGCCCGGUGCUUCUAUCGCCACCACACAAUGGCCGCCUGAUGAGCAGAACCUAGGUCUGUCACGGACGACGAGUACUGUGACGUUAGACGGUGAGCCUCGGAUCUUCCCCGGUGUAGUAAGUAGGAGCAGGAGGAGAAGCAGUAUGCGGAGUAGCCAGGUGGAAGAUGGAGAAAUGACGGGUGCUCGUUCGGGGUUCCGGGGUGAUACGAGAAGUGUAGUUGAGGAACGGGACACUGAUGAUGAGGAAUAG